GCCGCUGACCGUUCUUCACGCUCCCAACAACAGCUGCUGAUCAGCGUUAGCAGCUACACUGCUGAAAGAUACACCACAACACCUACAGCAGAUUGCAAAAACGACAACUUUAGAUUUAUUUGCCGUUCAUUAUCAUCACAGUCUCGACUUUUACAUGGACAACACGCUUAUCACGGAAAAGCGAGCUUUAUUGUUAAGUGUUUUGGUCGGGAGGACAGAAGCUAUAGCAGGCUAAUCUGCCUUUGCUAACUGUAGUGGCUUUUAAACAUCGGUGUUUUCAUAAACGGAGACAUGGAGUUUAACGUUAGACGACUGGCAGCAGAUGCAGGCACUUUCCUCAGCCGAGCUGUACAGUUUACAGAGGAGAAAUUUGGGCAGGCAGAGAGGACUGAGCUAGAUGCCCAUCUGGAAACUCUCUUGGGCCGGGCAGAAUCCACCAAACAAUGGACAGAGAGGAUCAUGAAACAGACAGAAGUUGUGCUGCAGCCAAACCCUAAUGUCAGGAUGGAGGAGUUCCUUUACGAGAUGCUGGACAAAAAAGUCCCAACACGUGCUAACAACCACGAGUUGCUGGGGGAGUGCAUGAUCGACUCAGGGCACGAGUUUGGACCUGGAACAGCAUACGGGAGUGCUCUCAUUAAAUGUGGGGAAACUGAGAAGCUGUUAGGCAGUGCAGAGAAAGAAUUCAUCCAGAGCUCGGCUAUCAAUUUUCUCACUCCCUUUAGGAACUUCAUCGAGGGUGAUUUUAAAACCAUAGCGAAAGAGCGAAAACUGCUUCAGAAUAAGCGCCUGGAUCUGGAUUCUGCCAAAAACAGGCUGAAGAAAGCUAGAGUGGCUGAUGCUCGCUCUGCAGAGCUGAAUUCAACCCCUCCACUGGGAGAGGAGUAUACGGCUCACUUUUCUUACAUGCUCAGCUUCUUGCAUGUCGGGUGGCUAAAGCUGUGGGCUGAGGAAGUCAAGCAGGCAGAGACAGAACUGAGGAUAGCACAGAGUGAGUUUGACCGGCAAGCUGAGAUCACCAAGCUUCUGCUGGAGGGCAUCAGCAGCACUCAUGCUCAUCACCUGCGAUGUCUGAACGAUUUUGUGGAUGCUCAAGCAACUUAUUAUGCACAGUGUUAUCAGUACAUGGUCAAUCUGCAGAAACAGAUGGGAAGCUUCCCUUCCACAUUCAGCUCUAAUAACAAUCAGCCGGCCGGGAGCUCCUCUGCCAGUAUCUCAGUUCCCACUGUACCUGUGGCCACCUCAUUGCCCAUUCCUCCCCCCAGUGAGGCCUCACCCACACUCAACGAGCUCCGCAGCACUUCUGGCACACGCGAGGCCCGUGUGCUGUAUGACUAUGACGCCGCCAGCAGCAGUGAGCUCUCUUUACUUGCUGAUGAGGUGAUCACAGUGAGCAGUGUGCCAGGCAUGGAUUCUGAUUGGCUGAUGGGGCAGAGGGGGAAUCAUAAAGGCAAAGUGCCGAUUACCUACCUGGAGCUGCUCAAUUAACAUCAGUGAGUUUCAGCUGAAUUGUAAAAAAAACACUAGAUAUCAGUUUGACUACAGUAACACUCCAGAUGUGAUCAGAGGGUGUUAUGCAUUUAAUGUAGUACAAAGCAAUAAAAAGUCUUCUACACUGCCACGUCUUAUUGUGUUAAAGCCUCCUCUGCCACUCAAGGGGUUUCAUAGUAGCCUUAUAUAAACUAAAAGCAGUCUGAGAUUGCCAACUACUCCGAUUUAUGUGCCAAUGAAUUUUUUUUUACUGCUAAACUAAUUGAUUUUGCUAUAAUGUUCUAUGGUGCUUAAAUAAAUAUUCAAACAAGCAAGUUGC